GUCACAUACGUAAUGGAGGCAACGAUCUUUCGACAAGUGAAUAAAAUAUCGUAUUUUAGCUAAUUAUUGGAUGAAUCUGUGCAUUUUGUGGUUUAUUGGAUUGCAGUGAAUGAUUAUCAAUAAUAUAUGGAUACCCACGUUGGUGAACAGUGUUCAUACAACCUCGUUCUGUCAUUGAACGAUGAUCACAACGAAAUAAAUAAUAUUGCUACGUUGAAAUAACGACUAUCGAUUCCGAUUGACCGGAACUACGGGUUAAUGGUUUGGAGAGAACAUAUCCACUCUGAACCAACAAAUGAAGCUAUGGCUUCAGAUCAACCUGUUAAAAAGAAGCAAAGAAUAGAUGCCCCCGAUAUUGACGAUGGUAGUGACAGAUCAGCGGAAGAUGUGCUCACUGAUAUUUAUGAUUCUGGAACCCCUGUGGAUGUUGGUGAGGAGUUUCCAUCUCGAAACGGCGAGUCUCCAGAUAGUGGUACCGUAAGUGAAGAUGCAGUUGACUGCUCAGCUAUCCUGAGGCUUCCUACUGACAGCAGGAAUGAUAUUGUGCCUUCAUGUUCAAGUUCUGCACCACAUUGGAACUCUAAUGAUGACAAACUCCUUUCUGAAUUGAGAUCACUCCAGGAUGCUCUUGUGGGUCAAUGUUUAUGUAGGUUUGAUGACGGUCUUGUAUCUCAACUAUUCGAUAGGCAGCUUAAUAUUGUAUCCUGGCCAUUAACAUGUUCUUUGACAUAUCUUUCAACAAUGCAACUUAUGUUUGAUAUAUAUUUGAAACAAAAUGCAACAGGUACAAUAUGUUCAAAGGUAAUGCAAGCAUGUGAUAUUUUUGUUAGAAAUAGACAUGACUGGAUUACUGAGGUUGUUGAACUGGCAGAUCAUAAGAGUAAAUUUAUUACAUUUGUAGCUAGUAGAGUACUUGCGAGUUUCUUAAUAGUUUCUAAGGAUACUGUUGAUGAAAAUUGGCUACAACAGAUUGCUGAAAAUAUAUAUUUGUUUGAUAGAAUUAACAGAAUCACAGUACAAAAGAUAAAUUUCAGUCUUGAUAUUAUAAAAAGGAUAGUUGAAUGGAAAGAUGUGGAACAGCACCCUCUAGAAGAUAACAAUUAUAUAAAUUCAUCAGGAGGUAUGCAUGUACAAGAAGAUAAUCCAUUCAGGAGUAGUGUGGGCUAUGGUGGUAGCAGUAAUAAUUCAGAUGCUCCUUCCUCAAGUUCACAAAGUAGUACAUUACAUAAUGCAUUCUCAAAUCUGCAAACGCACAGUACACCAUCUACAUCAACUGAAGAUAAGCCAUCAGAGGAGAGACAUACUACAUUCAAAUUGCAUGACCCUGUAUUGAAACUUCCAGCUGAACCACAGUCAAGUAUAGAUUUAGAUGAUUCUGCAUCACCUGAACCACCACAAUCAAGAAUAGAGAGGAUCAAUGAGAAUGGUUGUGUAACAGUCAUUCUAACAGAUUCUGAGUCAUUUGAUACAUCUCACAUUAAAUGUUUAACAAUAAAGACACUGGAACAUCACUGGCCGAUUUUAGUGAAAAAUAUGAAACUCCUGCUUCUAAGGUACCUGAAUCUAGCUAAUGCUGAAAAUUGUAUACUUACAUUUUUCUCUUUGUGGGAGAAUAUCAUUAGUGUUAAAGCAAAUCUCUCCAUUAUUGAUACUAAACCUUUUUAUGCUGACUUGCAAGGGUUUGUUGAUUUAUUAAGGAAUACAAUGCUCCCAUAUCUUAUUUAUACACACCUAUUAAGCCUUUUUAAUGAAGUCCUGUGUUAUGGAUCAACUCUAGCAUUGCAGGAUAUAUUGCCUGAAGAGAUAUGCUGUCUAGCUCACUCCAUAGUGAGAUUUGUCAAAGAUUUCAGGCUCUUAACGGAUGUGAGAGUGCAGAACAGUAGGAGUGGUUUUGGAUUCUUGGGUCAUGAAUGUCGUGUUAUACAUAAUUAUUCCCUAGGCUCUGUAGUAACUCCGAUAUCUACAAUGAUACAACUAGUUGAUCAAAGUUAUGGUGAGGAUGAUAAUGAGGAUUCAACACAUUCAAGGAAUGAAGUUGACAAGACAAUGUUGCAAAGGAUGUCUUUAUUAGUGUUGAAAUCAGUUGCUGUCACUGUAAAAGAAAUGAGAUGUGAUUCAUCAGAUAGCUCAAUUGAUUCGUCAGACUAUAAUGCAAUACAAGACAUGCAAAUAGUUGAGAGAUCCAUAAGAGAUGUCUUGAAGAAAUUAGAUGUGUUCAUUAGAAACAGCUUAGAAUUUCAUCCAGAAACACCAUUCACAAAGAUGUUGAUCCAUCUAUUCAGUGAGCAGGAUGACUAUUUGAUCGAAUCAAUGGUGUGUACAUUGGACAUAACGUGUGGUAUUGUGUACAGAAAUUCAAUGUAUCCAGAUCUGAUACCGAUGCUGAAUCCCAUUUCAUCAUUCAUUGAAUUUCUCAAAGUCGUAUCUCAUGAUAGUGAUGUAUUACUCGAUUACCUCGUUAAUAAUGAGACCUGCUUUCUAUUAUACUUGCUCAGAUUUCUUAAGUAUGUGAGAAGAAACUGGCCCAAAUUCUUAGAAACAUGCCAGCAAACAGACUCUGGAGGCACUCGAGGUUUGGAUGAGACUAUGAGAGUGUUGAUCAGAUUAAGGCUGCAGAUAAGCAGACUAGUAUCAAAAUCAUUGUUUCCUUAUAAUAUUGGCCCUGUUCUAAGGUUACUUGAAGUAUGCGAGAGUCUGUAUGAAGGCAAUGAGUUUAGCUGAAUUUGUGGAAAGACUUCAGAAUACAAUGAGCCAUAAACAUCAAAAGCCAUUUUGAAAUAUUGACAUGCAAGAUUGUAUUUGUUGGUAGAAUGUAAAUUUACAUCUAUAAUGGCUGGUUUACUUAUAGCUGCUCCCUGUGUGGCUCUAAAUCUUCAAUACAGGUUCAGCACAAUACAGUGAGUGAGGUAGGGCAUGGAUUGAAUGCUUCAUGAGACAUUUUCAAUAAAGCAGAACAUUGCAAAGUUCAACAAAAACACCAUUGUCCUUCCCACUCUUUUGUGAAACCUUUAAGGUGAAACAUUAUGGUUUCGUUUAGUUUAACUGUCAAGAGAUGGCACUAGUGUUCUAAAUAACUUUAUAUUUUUAUUACAAAAAGCAAUUUCGAGCCAUAAAAAAAUAUAGCAGUUUUGAGCCAUUUUCAAAGAACAAUAGCACCACAUCAUGCACCAUGCAAUACAAACGAAACCAUGAUCUUCCACCAUUUUUAAAUAUCUACCUAAAAAUCAACAAUCAAUCAAGACUGCCAACAUGUGUAACAUUCCAAAAUUACUCGAUUUUAAUUAUUUUUGGUUGUCGUAACUAAAUUAGAUAAUUUUAACUUAUACUAGUUGUAGCAGCUGAAUAUGUAAUAUUUAAAAGCAUAUUAAUUAUUUUUAAUUGUUAAGUAUUUUAUGAAGUCUUCCUUUAUUACAGUUGUAAAUCUUAUAAUUUAGUGUCAUUUUUCACAAUAACAUAAAAUAGGACUGGAUAUAUCUCAAUUUUGUAAACCUAACUACAUGUGCCUUACCAUAACAUAAGGGUGCUCAUAAAUAAUAAAUAUAUUAAUGUGUUUUUGCACAAAUGUUUAUAUACCAGAUUUAAUAUUUAACAAUCACUGGCAUGAUAUCUUAUAUGGAAUGUGUUUAGUUUUAAGCAAGGCUUAGCGAUAAUUUAUUUUAAAUAAUGGUUGUAUUAUAAUAUGUAAUGUAAUGUAGUUAUAAGUUUCAUUUAAUAAUGCGGGUCUAAAUAUUUCUUUACUAAAUUAUUUUCUGUACCCAUGUAAAUAAAGCCAUCAUACAAUUUAACUUAUAUAUUGUAAGUAACUGUAAUCAGUAUUAGUACACUACAGGGAUGGGCAAAAUGUAAUCAGAUUUAUGAUUACAUGAGAUAUGUAACUGUCAUUCUGGUUUAUAAUAUAUUGUAAUAAUUGUUCGGGCAUCUUCUUAUAUCUUAGGGCAUCAAGUUCUUUUAAUCCGACACUGGUGCUGCCGUAAUUACGGCAGAUACGACUAAUCGUGCUUCCUAAAAGCAUGGAAGAGUUUAGAUACUAAUUACAAAGUUCACACAGUCCAUUAGCACUAAUCACUACGCCAUUAAACUUUUUAUAUAGUAUUUGUAGGCUCUUAUAAACAAAUCAAUAUUAUAAAGAUACCUUGAUUGUUCACCUUAGGUAAAUAAAGUCAU